CGCGGUGGGAGUCGUAACGCGAGCCGGAGAAUCGUGUUUUCGAGUAGUACGACUCAAGUACUUGGUAGAAGCCGCUUUGUUUUCCGAUUGUGCGACUGAACUGCCCGACAGAUGUGUUCAAUGAACUUUUGAGGUGUAUAUCACAAGUAUUAGGUUAGAUUAGAAACGACGAAGUUAGAAAACAUGUUGAAUUCAGCAAUGAAUGUAACAAACAAAGGUGCUGCAAUGGCGAAUGUAUUGCGUAGAAUGUUUAGCAGAAGACGUAAUGUGACAAACAGUCUCUCUGGUAUUCGUAACAGAUUGAAAUUAAUGAAAGAGGAUGGAUUAGGCGUCGAAGAAAUGGAUGCACAAGACAUGAGCGAAUUCGAGGCAGAUUUUAUGAAUGUUUCUGAGACCCACAAGAUGCAUGAAAAAGAAGUGAAGGUGAGUAAAGAACGUCUUAAACAGAAAAUUGUCGCCAGAAAGUAUUUUGAAGAGAACGAACCACGUUUUCUUACAUUUGAAGAAAAGAAACAAAUUCAUACAUUACAUGAAUCUAAUCCUGAGGAAUGGCCUGUUGAGAAACUUAGUGAGAGUUUUCCCGCAUUACCAGAGACAAUAAAGAAGAUCUUACGUUCUAAAUGGUCACCACAAUCGAUAGAAAAGAUCAUACGAUACGAUAAUAUGGCAGUCGAAAAUUGGAAGAAGUUCCGUGCAGGAAAGCUCGUAGUAAGUCCUAUUUUGCAUAAACAUCUGAUGAAGUUUAAGGACAGGAAGAUUAUUAUGACAGACAGAGAAUUGUUGGCAAAGAAAUUUGUCCAGCCUAAGCCAAAAUUCAAGAAACCAACAAAGCAGUUGUUCUCUAGCAUUGUACAGGGUUAUUUAAACGAGCAACAGGAUGAUACGAAAGUGUUGUCACAAAAAGAUGACCAAACUCGAAUAUCUGAUAUAUCCAGUAGUUCCAACCAACAUCAGAAUCUACUCGCUACAAGUAUUACGACCGAUGAUGUAGUCGCUAAGCAUUCAAAGCAACUUGUUUUGAAUGAGAAGGAAAAUCUCACGUUAAGGUUACGAUCAGAUUCAGAGGAGAAUGGUGUAGCGCUUUAUGAUGUUAAUAAUGAAAAAAAGCAGAACAAUAAUGUCAAACAAUUACUUACAUUCAACCAGUUUAUGAAAGCUGGGCUAAAAGAUGCAUCUAUGUCUCCGGAAGAGAGUGUUACUUUAUUGAAUGCAUAUAAAGAUUACCUGUACGAAGAGGAGCAAACCAAAGAAGUUGCUGCAACAUCCAACAAUGUGGCAAUCACUGCAGAAAGAAAUUCUGCAGUUUCUGAAUAUGAAGAUUGCGAUUCGGACGUCGCAGCGAAUGAUAAUUUGACAGAUACGCGCAUCAAAGUAUGGAAGAAGAAAGUAGACACGCAAGGAGAUUACCUUAAACCGAUAAAGAUAACGAAGAGUCUCUAUAAACCUGGAAUAACGUAUCGAAUUAGUGAUUGUUAUUACGACGAUGACGGAGAAUUUCUGUAUCGUAUACCGGGUGUACGAAGUUGAUUGUUGAAAUAUUUCGGCCUGAACUCUCUUUUACUGAUAAAAAUAUCUUAAAUAUGACUUUUCAGCCAAUCAGGUGGUUUCUAAACCACUUUUAAGGAAACUUUUAUCAAUAAAAGAGAGUUUAGAAUAGGGGUCUUUGUAUUUUAUGUUAAAAUAUAUUAUAAUAAAAUAUGAAAUACCAUAUAAUGUAUCAAAAUAAAGAUGAGAAAUAUUAUA